UUCCAUCCUCUCUCCCUUUCUAUUCGUUCUUUAGAAAUAUCCUCCGCCUUACAAAAAGACAGAAAGCACCGAGUUUUCCAGAAGGAAGAAGAAUGGCGGACCAACUCACCGAUGACCAGAUCUCUGAGUUCAAGGAGGCCUUCAGCUUGUUUGACAAGGAUGGCGACGGUUGCAUCACUACCAAGGAGCUUGGGACUGUGAUGAGGUCGCUGGGCCAGAACCCAACUGAAGCAGAGCUCCAGGACAUGAUCAAUGAGGUUGAUGCCGAUGGCAACGGGACCAUUGACUUCCCUGAGUUCCUAAACCUCAUGGCCAGGAAGAUGAAAGACACUGACUCAGAGGAGGAGCUUAAAGAGGCCUUCCGGGUUUUUGACAAGGAUCAGAAUGGGUUCAUCUCUGCUGCUGAGCUGCGCCAUGUGAUGACCAAUCUUGGGGAGAAGCUCACUGACGAGGAAGUUGAUGAGAUGAUCAGGGAGGCUGAUGUAGAUGGUGAUGGCCAGAUAAACUAUGAGGAGUUUGUCAAGGUCAUGAUGGCUAAGUGAUCAGUCUGUCUCCACCAAAAACCCUAAUGAAAAUUAUCUUUUUUUAUAACCAGGAAAAAAAAAACAAAAAAAAAGGGAGAACAGGGUUGACAAUAUGAUGUGCUGCCUUCCAGUUGACCUCAAUCUUCAUUUUCAUCCGCCUUUACAGGGAGUAUAGUGGUAGUAGUAUGUUCUGCUGGUGGUGGUGGAAGAAUGUUCUAUUUCUAUCCUUAAGAUUGUCUUGCGAGUCUUUGCAGUUUUUGUCCCCUUUUUUAUUUAUUUCUUUGAGUUGGCUUGUGAACCUGAUCUACCUGGAUGAUUCAAUGUUCAUUGAUGAUUGAAUGACUUGUUA